AUGGGUCAAACACUCUCUGAGCCUGUCAGAGAAAAGCACUCUGCUAAUGGACACGACGAACGUCUCAUGUACGCUUCUUCGGCUAUGCAAGGGUGGCGUAUUAGUAUGGAAGACGCGCACACCACCUUGUUGCAAAUUCUUGAUAAAAAGGGAUAUAGCUUUUUCGGUGUAUAUGACGGACACGGCGGUCAAAAUGUAGCUAAGUAUAGCGGUGUACAUCUUCACGAUCGUAUCGUUAAAGACUCUAAUUUUGGUAAAGAUAUCGAGAAGGCUAUAAAAAAUGGAUUCUUGGGAAUAGAUGAGGACUUGAGAAAUGACACUUUGUUUCAAAACGAUCCCUCUGGUUGUACCGCGGUCACAGCUGUCAUAACCCCCGAUGAUUAUAUCUAUGUGGGAAAUGCCGGUGAUUCUCGUGCUGUUCUCAGUGUGAACGGUGAAGCUGUAGCAAUGUCAGAUGAUCAUAAACCACUCAACAAAGAUGAAUCCUCCCGUAUUACAAAGGCCGGUGGUUUCAUUGAAUUCGGAAGAGUUAAUGGUAACCUCGCUUUGUCACGUGCAAUUGGUGAUUUUGAAUUCAAACAAAAUAAUAAUUUGGAAGCCGAGGCGCAAAUUGUGACAGCGCUUCCUGAUGUCAGAAGAGAGAAGAUUAUUUCUGAUAAAACCGAAUUCUUGGUGUUAGCUUGCGACGGUAUAUGGGAUUGUCUUACAUCACAGCAAGUAAUUAGUUUCAUCCGCAAAAAUAUCAAGGAAAAUAAGUCACUCCAGAAAGCGUGCGAAGAUCUGAUGGACCGUUGCCUGGCCAAAGAUAGUGAACUUGGUGGUAUCGGAUGCGACAACAUGACAGUAAUAAUUGUUGCCUUCCUUAAUGGAAAAACUGUGCAACAAUGGUACAAUUGGAUGGCAUCAAGGUACGGAAAUUUGGGUCCCGAAUAUCAUGCCGAAGAUGUCAAACCACAAAAGCAAGAGGACUUUCAAGAUAUGAAUGAUGAAUUAGAAGAAGAUUUAGAAAUUCCAUCAACAGAUGAAUAUACCGAUACCGACCUCGAAAAUCAAAACCAGCUGACUAUCGACGACGUAUCCCGUCCUGAAAGGGAAAAUAGCAGUGACUCGCUGCUUGAUUCUCCAAAAUCUGAAACCCCACGUUCCCUUUCACAACAUUCUUCCAGUGCAAAGAGUACUUCCAAAAAAUUUGACAAUUCACCUUCAAAAUUAUCGGUGGAAGACAAAGAUAGGACAUUAAGUCAUUCUUCAUAUCCAGGAAAAAAAUCACUUGCGAGUAGGAUUGCUAAAUGGGGACAGAAUGUGAAUAUGAUUAUCGGGUUCAGAGCUCUGAGUCGGAACAACGAAGGUUCUUUCGGUAACGAUGGCAAAAAUCAAACGCGAAAAAGCAACUUGUGUGAUAAAGGCUUUAGCGAUAGCAAAACGUGA